CCCGGCUCAGUGCGCGGUCACGUGUCCUUCUAACAGCGCGAGGUGCACGUGCACGGGGGCGCGCCGGGCCGGAGGAGACACAUCCACUUCUAUACCGGUCACGUUACAGCCAGGCGCACCGGCCCGGGGAUUCCUCCGCUUCUCGUUGGGUCCAGGCGUUGCCCCCCCCCUAGUCUUUGGGGAAGAUGCCCGCCGUGUCCAAGGGAGAUGGCAUGCGGGGCCUGGCCGUGUUUAUCUCCGAUAUUAGGAACUGUAAAAGCAAAGAAGCGGAAAUAAAAAGGAUAAACAAGGAACUUGCCAACAUUCGCUCUAAAUUUAAGGGAGACAAAGCCUUGGAUGGCUACAGCAAGAAGAAAUAUGUCUGCAAGCUGCUCUUCAUCUUCUUACUUGGCCAUGACAUUGAUUUUGGCCACAUGGAGGCGGUAAAUCUGCUCAGCUCCAACAAAUACACAGAGAAGCAGAUUGGUUACCUCUUCAUCUCGGUACUUGUAAACUCCAACAGUGAACUCAUCCGUCUCAUUAACAAUGCCAUCAAAAAUGACCUGUCUAGCCGCAACCCUACUUUUAUGGGACUGGCCUUGCACUGCAUUGCCAAUGUUGGGAGCCGAGAAAUGGCAGAAGCCUUUGCUGGAGAGAUUCCCAGGAUAUUGGUUGCGGGAGACACAAUGGACAGUGUUAAGCAGAGUGCUGCCCUCUGCCUCCUACGCCUCUAUCGCACAUCUCCAGAUCUUGUACUCACCAAUGAGUGGACCUCAAGGGUGGUUCAUCUUCUCAAUGAUCAGCAUCUGGGUGUAGUCACUGCGGCCACCAGUCUGAUCACUACCUUGGCACAGAAGAAUCCUGAGGAGUUUAAGACCUCUGUCUCCCUGGCAGUGUCCCGGCUGAGUAGGAUUGUCACCUCGGCCUCCACAGACCUUCAGGAUUACACCUACUAUUUUGUUCCUGCUCCUUGGCUCUCUGUGAAGUUGCUAAGGCUGUUACAGUGUUACCCUCCCCCAGAGGACCCUGCAGUCCGAGGAAGGCUGACUGAAUGCCUGGAGACCAUUCUAAACAAGGCACAAGAGCCCCCCAAAUCCAAGAAAGUGCAGCACUCCAAUGCCAAGAAUGCUGUGUUGUUUGAGGCGAUCAGUCUCAUCAUCUACCAUGACAGUGAGCCCAAUCUGCUGGUCCGGGCAUGCAACCAGCUGGGCCAGUUCCUGCAGCAUCGGGAGACCAACCUGCGCUACCUGGCACUGGAGAGCAUGUGUACCCUGGCUAGUUCGGAGUUUUCGCAUGAAGCGGUCAAGACCCAUAUUGAAACUGUAAUCAAUGCACUAAAGACUGAAAGGGACGUCAGUGUGCGGCAGCGGGCUGUGGAUCUCCUUUACGCCAUGUGUGACAGGAGCAACGCCCAGCAGAUCGUAGCAGAGAUGCUGAACUAUUUGGAGACAGCUGACUACUCCAUUCGUGAGGAGAUUGUGCUAAAGGUAGCAAUCCUAGCAGAGAAGUAUGCUGUCGAUUACACGUGGUAUGUGGACACUAUCCUCAACCUUAUUCGUGUAGCAGGGGACUACGUCAGUGAAGAGGUCUGGUACAGAGUGAUCCAGAUUGUCAUCAACAGAGAUGACGUGCAGGGUUAUGCAGCCAAGACGGUCUUUGAGGCUUUGCAGGCUCCGGCCUGCCAUGAAAAUUUGGUCAAGGUUGGAGGGUAUAUUUUGGGCGAGUUUGGAAACCUUAUUGCUGGUGACCCCCGAUCUAGCCCCCUAAUCCAGUUUAACUUGCUGCACUCCAAGUUCCACCUCUGCAGUGUCCCAACACGAGCGCUGCUCCUCUCGGCCUACAUAAAGUUUAUCAACUUGUUUCCUGAAAUUAAGCCCACUAUCCAGGAUGUGCUGCGGAGUGACAGCCAGCUCAGGAAUGCUGAUGUGGAGCUUCAGCAAAGAGCUGUCGAAUAUCUACGUCUUAGCUCCAUAGCUAGCAAUGACAUUUUGGCUACAGUUUUAGAGGAGAUGCCUCCGUUCCCAGAGAGAGAGUCAUCCAUCUUGGCUAAAUUAAAGAAGAAGAAAGGUCCUAAUACAGUCGCUGACUUGGAGGACACUAAAAAGGAGAAGAACAACUCAGACGUGAAUGGGGGCACUGAGCCCGCCCCUGUUAGCACAGCGUCAACUCCUUCUCCCUCAGCGGACCUUUUGGGCCUGGGAGGGCCCUCCACAUCCAGUCCCGGUGCUCCCCCUGCUGCCACAUCUGGUAGUCUGCUCGUGGAUGUCUUUGCAGAUACCUCACUACCUGUGGCUGCUGUCGCUGCAGGGCCAGAUGAGAACUUUGAAAGUGAUGCCCCAACAUCCACAGAAGGGGCAUCUGGGGAGCCAGACCCUUCUGUUCAGGAGGCGGACGAUUUCUUCUACAAGUUCAUCUGCAAAAAUAAUGGCGUCCUUUUUGAGAAUCAACUGCUACAGAUUGGCUUAAAAUCAGAAUUUCGUCAAAAUCUUGGUCGUAUGUUUAUCUUCUAUGGCAACAAGCUGUCCAGUCAGUUUCAGAACUUCACUCCGACACUAGUUUGUUCUGAGGAGCUGAAGGCCAGUCUGAAUCUCCAGUCCAAGCCUGUGGAGGCCACUAUAGAUGGCGGGGCCCAGUUACAGCAAGUCAUCAAUAUAGAGUGUGUGCAAGAAUUCAUAGAAGUCCCUGUUCUGAGCAUCCAGUUCAGAUAUGGAGGCGCUUUCCAGAAUUUCUCAGUCAAGCUUCCCAUAACCCUCAACAAGUUCUUUCAACCCACUGAAAUGGAAGCCCAAGACUUCUUCCAGCGCUGGAAGCAGCUCAGCAGCCCUAACCAGGAGGUCCAGAAUAUUUUCAAGGCAAAAAAUCCAAUGGAUCCAGAGAUCAUAAAAGCAAAGCUUAUUGGAUUUGGGCCUGCCCUCUUAGAAAAUGUUGACCCAAACCCGUCCAAUUUCGUGGCAGCUGGAAUUAUUCAGGCAAAAUCUCGACAAGUGGGAUGUCUGCUACGCCUUGAACCAAAUAUACAGGCGCAGAUGUACCGGCUCACCAUCCGCACAAGUAAAGAAGACGUUUCCCAGAGGUUAUGUGACCUGCUCUCUGAGCAGUUUUAAACCCAAAUCAUGCUGGCCCCCAAAUCCUUGUCUUUGUGAUCUUCCCUUACUGCCAGGUCCUUAUCAUCUCAGUGAAAAUAAAUAUUACUUACACAUUGUG